CAUAUGCUACAGUAAGCCGCGCAGCCCAUCAACCCGUGGGCCGUGACAGUCCCCGUCGCCAGCGACUCACCACGUUCACGCAGGCGCGCUUCAUUUUCUUCGCUCUUCAGCGUGGAGAUAAAUAGCCGCAGCUAGCGCCUCCAAUCUUCUCACACUGCCUGCAGAAGCAGUCGGCGAGCUAGUCAGUGCCAUGGCGAGACCACGAGCAGUGGCAGAGCCCCUCCGCUUCCUCUUCCUCCUCGCCUUCGCCGCCGGCGCCGCGGCCGCCACAGCAGACGCGCUGGCGCCCGCGGCGGCGAGGAGGCCGCCCGCGGCGACGGCGGCGGGGUGCCGGCGCGGGGAGCUAGUGGUGCGGCAGCGCGCGACGGGGCGCACGGUGGAGGGGAAGCCCGAGUACGCGGUGGAGGUGCGGAACGCGUGCCGGUGCGCGCAGUCCCGGGUGGUGCUCCGCUGCUACGGGCUGAGCAGCGUGGAGGCCGUGGACCCGCGCGCCAUCCGCGCCGUGGACGGCGAGCGCUGCCUGCUCCGCGGCGGGCGCGCGCUGGCGCCCCGCGGCGGCGCCGUGCGCUUCACCUACGCGUGGAUGACGCCGCAGGACUUCCCGCUCGUCAGCUCCACGCCGCACUGCUAACAGUGCUAGCUAGCCUACUAGCUAGCUAGCUAGCUGCACACCCAUCCCAAUUCUCAUCUGGAUGAGCUCCUCCCAUAGCUUCCUACUGAUUCAGCAAGCAAGAUCAGCUGAUGACCGAUCGAUCGAUUGAGUUGCAAGUAUAAUUAAACGACCUUGAUUAGUUGAUAGGUUCAUUUGUGGCAAGCUUUGUUUAGACUUGGAGAGUGAUUUGGUUCCAUUAUGGGUUUGUACUGCCUGUUGUUAACCUUGCGUUAUAAGUGUGCUUUUUGUGCUAUCUCUGGCUCAUAAUUUUGUGACUCUCGAGAGGAGAAGAAAAUGACUUUUUAGGUGGAUUGGAUU